AUGCGGUCGCUUUUCUGGUGCCUUUCACUCCUCGCCGACCCCAGUAUCGAGUGGACUGGGGCAAUUCAGAGUAAACUCGGCAGGAAAAAAGACAAGUUCCGUCGCAAGCAAGAAAAUGGAAUCUCAAGAGAAUUCGUUGUGAAUCUGAAUCAACGAGCUUCAACUAGCUGCUCCCCAAGAGAUUCGAAUGAAACAUCUUUUCGAGUUCAAAAAGUAGAAUAUCUCGACGAAAAACGACGACUAUCCGGCAUUCCCCGACCAAAAAGCUUGUCGAUUCAGUCUGAUAUCGUCACACACAGGACUCGCUCAAAGAAAUUCUAG